CACAUGAAGUAUGCUUCGAUAUCAUAAGUAAACAUAGAUAAGGCUGUUUAUGAAUUAUAGUAUAGUGUAUAAAUUUGUAUAGUUUAAUCAAUUUCUUUGUGUGAGAUACUUAGUGAUAGUUAAUUAUAAAUACAGAGAACAUAAUUUUAGUUUAACCAUGUUGCGGUCAGUAUGUUUCAAGAACUUUGUGAAAUUUAAAGAGUAUCAAGUGAUGGAUUUUUCGGGGAGAGGACCUUUCAUAUUUAUAGGUGAAAAUUGUACAGGUAAAAGCUCAGUUUUUGAAGGCAUUAGACGGUGUUUAAAGUUAGAGUACAGUACAUCAAUUUCUUCAGUGUUUGAUGAAAACUUUCCGUCUUAUUUCAUUUGCAAUUUUGAAACAGGAUUGUCAGGAAGUAAUGAAAAUAUUAUUUCUGGGAUUGUAAGACUUCCAUUGACAAAUCGAUGCAAGAACGAAAGUGAUGAAUCUAUGCACACAGUGCAAAGCUCUGACGAAAGGUUGUAUAAUGAAGAUAUGCAAGAUGAACAAAAAGGAAAACAAACUGAACCUGAUUUAAGCACUGACAUGGAAUCAACUAGUCAGCAAUUAAAACGACAAAGAAAUUCGAGUCGAGAUAAUCCUCUAAGUAUUUCGGGACCAGCAACAAAGAGAGAUGUUGACCUGAAAAAGAUAUCAAUUGGAGAAGAUGUGAAGGAAAAAAAUGAUUUAAAAAGUGAAAAUUACUAUAAAUUUGCCAUGAAGUGUUCUGAGGAACAUCCAAUGUUUAUCAACUCAGUUGAAAAAUCUAAAGACAAGAAAAAAUUAGAAGUUUUACAAUAUUAUAUUGUACAGAACACUGACAGUCUAAAAAAGCUUUUUGUCGACUCGAUUUUAAAACAAAAGUCGGACAGCAAAGAUGUAGACAAGUACAUAUGCACAGAAUUUAAAAGUAUAGAAGAUCGACGAGUAGAAAGUAACAAAGGACUAGAGUCCAUAUUGAGUAUCUUAACGGAAGAAAUUGUGGUUACAUUCCCUUUACGUUCAAUUGGGCCUUUACAAUGGUCUAAAAGUAAACGCAUCGCUGGGGAAUUUCGAGAAGACAAUUACAGGGAAGCAGAGAUUAGAUGUGAAAUCAUGAAAUAUUUCUUAGAAGACAAAGGCGAAAUUUUCGACAAGACAAAAGAGGAACUUAUUUUUAAACAAUUAACACAGAUUAAAGAUUACGACUUUCAACUGGGCAAAGAUGGCAAGAUCGAUUUACCAAAAGGUAAAUUUGCUCUUCUUAAAACGCCAGAAGGAAUCUUAGAGGCAAAGACAUUUUCUAUCCUGUUAUCAAGCAAGCAAUACAAGACUAUUUUGCUUGAGGAGCCUGACCGAGGAAUGCACCCACAGCUCGUGGCCAGAAUGAUACAGAUAAUGAAUCAAGAAAAGGGCAACAAACGUGUUAUACUUACUACACACCAAAAAGAGUUUAUAUCACCUUGGACAGUUUCAGACACAUUCAUCUUUAGACGUUCUAAAACAAAGCAUCGUAUCAUAUCUGGCAAGCAGCUUUUAGGUGAAGAAAAGGAUGCCAGUAUGAAAGAUAUGAGAUUAGCAACAUCACAGCAUAUAUCGGAUAUUUUCUUUGCAAGGAAAGUUUUAUUUUAUGAAGGUGAAUCGGAGAAACUUUUUCUCGGAGAACUUAAACGUCAGAUUCUGACUAGUGAAUGUAGUAUCACUUCAAAGUUGUUCAAUGGAGAUGAAGACGAAUGCGAGAAAUUGAAGCGCAGUAUGAUGAAAUAUACUUUUAUCGAAUUGAAUGGUAAAGAUCUAAGUACAUUUUAUCAUACAAUAUCUGACAAGCUUGAGCUAAAUCAUCUGUUCCUUUUGGAUACGGAUAAAAAUAAAUCUGAACAAGUGAAACCUGAACGAAUCUUUUAUUGGAAAGAUGGCGACAUUGAGAAAAUGGUGAUUGAAAUGUGUAAAGCCGACGAUGAACUUGCAAACGGUCUUGUUCAACAGAAUGUGAUUUCUUUAGAUAGUGCUAACAGAACUUUGCGUAUAAAAAAAAAACGCAAAAACAAAAAACGCAAACUUUUUCUUAAUGAACGUAUUACAUGUAGUAAUAUCACAGAGAGCGUAAGACUUUUACUCGAACACUGCAAACCAAAUGACGACCUUGCUGCAUUUAUCAAAAGGUUAAUGUAUUUACCUUUCUAAUAUGGACUGUUCAUAAGCUUAUAAAAUGUGAUUCCCGACAAAAGAAAUGAAACCAUAAAGUAGAAGAUUAAUCUUG